AUGGCACUCAAUACAUCAUCCAUAGACGUUCUGCGGUCGCAAGCUGAAACGUAUAUACCGGCACUGCGUGAUUACCUUGUCGGCAUAAAAGACGACAAAGUCUCCAUCGUGCUACAUGUAGCCAUCUUAUUCAUCACGAGCUUGUUUAUGCUCUUUGUGCGCCGGCGCUACUUCUCGCCAGUCAGCCAUAUCCCAGGACCCUUUCUAGCAUCAUUCUCCCGACUAUGGCACCUGAAGCAGAUCUAUGGUGGGAAACAGAAUCUGAAACUACUCGAACAGCAUGAGAAAUACGGACCAUUUGUUCGAAUGGCUCCAAAUGAGAUUAGCAUUACUCAUCCAGACGGGGUGAAGAAGCUCCUCCUGGCCACGCUUCCAAAGGGCGAUUGGUACCGGAUUGUUUGCUUCCCAGACUACCGGUUUACUACGCCAUUCUCCAUGGUCGAUCCAAAAGAGAAAAAUGAAUGUUCCAAAUACCUAUCCACGGGCUAUCUGCAGCAUAACAUUAUCAAGUCAGAGCCUGCUCUGGACGUCGACAUUGCCAAGCUAUUUGACUGGAUGAACAAGUUUGCAGACGAGAAGAAGCCAAUGGAUCUGGACAAGUUUUUCACCUAUGUCGCAUUUGAUAUCACUGGCGAGGUUGUGUUUUCCAAGCCUUUUGGAUUUAUGGACAAGGGCGAGGAUGUCCGCGGCUCCAUUGCCAUGAACUCGGCAAUGGAGGUUUAUAUUGCUUUUGCCGGAUAUUUCCAGUGGCUACAUUCCUUGUUCGCCAACCCCUUUACCACGUGGCUAGCUAUCCUCCCCAUGGGCCACUUGUUUGAUACUACCAUGACGGCUCUGAGCGAGCGGCAGAAGGACCCCGAAGCCAGGCAUGAUCUUGCAGCACACUGGUCAAAAUCGAAGGAAGAUAAGUCAAAACAUUUCAACCUAAGGUGUCUUCAGGCAUUUGCCACGGCAAACGUAGGAGCAGGAUCAGACACGGUAUCUGCAGGUCUACAGAGUUUUGUUUAUCACCUUCUCCGUCAUUCCGACGGGUGGCAAAAGAUUGCAGCCGAAAUCGCCGACGCGCGCAAACAAGGACGUUGCGGAGGCCAUGUCAUAUCCAACGCCGACGCCGUCCAGCUUCCCUACUUGCAAGCCGCGCUCAAGGAGGCGCUGCGCAUGUUCGCACCCGUAUCCAUGGGUUUGCCGCGUGUCGCGCCAAAGGGCGGUAUCCAGAUUGGCGACCAACACUUCCCCGAAGGUGUCACGCUCACCGUGAGUCCUGCUGUUACACACUUGUCCAAGAGUCUCUGGGGUCCAGAUGCGCAGGCGUUUCGUCCGGAGCGGUGGUUCGAGCCCGACGCAGCGGCUAAAGAAAGGUAUUUUAUACCGUGGGGAGUUGGGUAUGCCUCAUGUCCAGGACAGCAUAUUGCCAAGAUUCAGCUGUCCAAGAUUGCUGCCACUAUUGUGCGCGACUAUGACAUUCGGCAAGUAAACCCUAGCCAGGACUGGUCAUAUAGUGCAUACUUUACUGCUGUACCGCAUGAUUGGCCCGUUUUUGUAACGAAGCGGUAG